ACUCUCUACGUGCCGAGCUCAGAAAGGAGAAAGAGAAGCUGGAUGAGGCCCGUGAGGAAAUUUUUCGUGAUCCUGAUCGUGAUUUACCGCCUACAGGAGAUCGAACUGGGCCGAGGCGAGACGAGGAGUACGCGGCUGAGGUGCUCAAGGCAAUAAAGUUAGAGGAAUGUAAGGACCUAUCUGUUGAGCGACGGGCUGAUCUGAAGUUACUUAUAACUAAGUACUGCCGAGCCUUCCAUCUGCCAGGUGAAAUAUUCAGUGAGAUUGAAGGGUACAAGCAUCGUAUUGAGACGGGUGAUCACCCACCAAUCUACUGUACUCCUUAUGCCAUCCCAGAGAGCCAAGUGCAGUUCGUGAAAACUGAACUAGAUCGGAUGGUAGCCGAGGGGAUCUGUAGACCAA